UGGCGUGGAGAAAGAGGGGGAAGUUGGCGCAUGCGCCUGAGGCUGACGGGUUUGAAAUGGCUUCGGUGUUAGCCGGGACCCGACUCAGGUGAAGGUCUGGUCCGUGCAGCUGGAACGGCGGGCGGCCGAGCCGGGGUUCUUAACAUCCUAUCGGGUCCGCGGAGGGACCGGGAACGGACGUUUUGGUAGCACGGCGGCCGCGGUCCGGCGACGAUCGCUGCUAUAGAAGACAAACAAGCGAAGGUUUUUUUCCCCUUGCAUCAUGGCUCAGUUUGGAGGACAGAAGAAUCCGCCAUGGGCUACUCAGUUUACAGCCACUGCGGUAUCACAGCCAGCUGCACUGGGUGUUCAGCAACCAUCACUCCUUGGAGCAUCUCCUACCAUUUAUACACAGCAAACUGCAUUGGCAGCAGCAGGACUUACCACACAAACCCCAGCAAACUAUCAAUUAACUCAGACUGCAGCAUUGCAGCAACAGGCCGCAGCUGCAGCAGCUGCAUUGCAACAGCAAUAUUCACAACCUCAGCAGGCCUUGUAUAGUGUACAACAACAGUUACAGCAACCCCAGCAGACCCUUUUAACACAGUCACCUGUGGGACUCCCUACAAGUCUUAGCCUGUCUACUCCUCAGCCUGCGGCACAGAUAACUGUAUCAUAUCCAACACCAAGGUCCAGUCAGCAGCAAACCCAGCCUCAGAAGCAGCGUGUUUUCACUGGUGUGGUUACAAAGUUACAUGAUACUUUUGGAUUUGUGGAUGAAGAUGUGUUCUUUCAGCUUAGUGCUGUCAAAGGGAAAACCCCCCAAGUUGGUGACAGAGUAUUGGUGGAAGCUACUUAUAAUCCUAAUAUGCCUUUUAAAUGGAAUGCACAAAGAAUUCAAACACUACCAAAUCAGAAUCAAUCCCAAACCCAACCUUUACUGAAGACUCCUCCUGCCGUACUUCAGCCAAUUACACCACAGACAACGUUUGGCGUUCAGGCUCAGCCCCAGCCCCAGUCACUGCUACAGGCACAGAUUUCAGCAGCUUCUAUUACACCACUAUUGCAGACUCAGCCACAGCCCUUAUUGCAGCAACCACAGCAGAAAGCUGGUUUAUUGCAGCCUCCUGUCCGUAUAGUUUCACAGCCACAACCAGCACGAAGGUUAGAUCCACCAUCCAGAUUUUCAGGAAGGAAUGACAGAGGGGAUCAAGUGCCUAACAGAAAAGAUGACCGAAGUCGUGAAAGGGAGAGAGAAAGACGUAGAUCCAGAGAAAGAUCACCUCAGAGGAAACGAUCCCGAGAAAGAUCUCCUCGAAGAGAGAGAGAACGGUCACCUCGAAGAGUUCGCCGUGUUGUUCCACGUUACACAGUUCAAUUUUCAAAAUUUUCUUUAGAUUGUCCCAGUUGUGACAUGAUGGAACUAAGGCGCCGUUAUCAGAAUUUAUAUAUACCUAGUGACUUUUUUGAUGCUCAGUUUACAUGGGUGGAUGCUUUCCCUUUGUCAAGACCAUUUCAGCUGGGAAAUUACUGCAAUUUCUAUGUAAUGCACAGAGAAGUAGAAUCCUUAGAAAAAAAUGUGGCCAUUCUUGAUCCACCAGAUGCUGACCACUUAUACAGUGCAAAGGUAAUGCUGAUGGCUAGCCCUAGUAUGGAAGAUUUGUAUCAUAAGUCAUGCGCUCUUGCUGAAGACCCACAAGAACUUCGAGAUGGGUUUCAACAUCCUGCUAGACUUGUUAAGUUUUUAGUGGGCAUGAAAGGCAAGGAUGAAGCCAUGGCCAUUGGAGGCCACUGGUCUCCUUCGUUGGAUGGACCAGACCCAGAAAAAGACCCCUCUGUGUUGAUUAAGACUGCUAUUCGUUGUUGUAAGGCUCUGACAGGCAUUGAUCUAAGUGUAUGCACACAAUGGUACCGUUUUGCAGAGAUUCGCUACCAUCGCCCUGAGGAGACCCACAAGGGGCGUACAGUUCCAGCUCAUGUGGAGACAGUGGUUUUAUUUUUCCCGGAUGUUUGGCAUUGCCUUCCCACCCGCUCAGAGUGGGAAACCCUCUCCCGAGGAUACAAGCAGCAGCUGGUCGAGAAGCUUCAGGGUGAACGCAAGGAGGCUGAUGGAGAACAGGAUGAAGAAGAGAAGGAUGAUGGUGAAGCUAAAGAAAUUUCCACUCCUACCCAUUGGUCUAAACUUGAUCCAAAGACAAUGAAGGUAAAUGACCUCCGAAAAGAAUUAGAAAGUCGAGCUCUUAGCUCCAAAGGAUUAAAAUCCCAGUUAAUAGCCCGAUUGACAAAACAGCUUAAAGUAGAAGAACAAAAAGAAGAACAGAAGGAAUUAGAGAAAUCUGAAAAAGAAGAGGAAGAGGAGGAUGAUAGGAAAUCUGAAGAUGAUAAAGAGGAAGAAGAAAGAAAACGUCAAGAGGAAAUGGAACGCCAGCGCCGGGAAAGAAGAUAUAUUUUGCCUGAUGAACCAGCAAUUGUUGUACAUCCAAAUUGGGCAGCAAAAAGUGGCAAGUUUGAUUGUAGCAUCAUGUCUUUGAGUGUCCUUUUGGACUAUAGAUUAGAGGAUAAUAAAGAACAUUCAUUUGAGGUUUCAUUGUUUGCCGAACUUUUCAAUGAAAUGCUUCAAAGAGAUUUUGGUGUCAGAAUAUACAAGUCAUUACUAUCUCUUCCUGAGAAAGAGGACAAAAAAGAAAAAGAUAAGAAAAGCAAAAAAGAUGAGAGAAAAGAUAAAAAAGAAGAAAGAGAUGAUGAAACCGAUGAGCCAAAACCCAAAAGGAGAAAGUCAGGAGAUGAUAAAGAUAAAAAGGAAGACAGAGAUGAAAGGAAGUUACAGAAAGAAGAUAAAAGGAAAGAUGAUUCUAAAGAUGAUGAUGAAACAGAAGAAGAUAAUAAUCAAGAUGAAUAUGAUCCAAUGGAAGCAGAAGAGGCUGAGGAUGAAGAAGAUGAUCGGGAUGAGGAAGAAAUGAACAAGCGAGAUGAUAAAAGAGAUAUGAACAGGUACUGCAAGGAGAGGCCCUCUAAAGAUAAGGAAAAAGAGAAGACUCAGAUGAUCACAGUUAACAGAGAUCUAUUAAUGGCUUUUGUUUAUUUUGAUCAAAGCCAUUGUGGUUACCUUCUUGAAAAGGAUUUGGAAGAAAUACUUUAUACUCUUGGACUACAUCUCUCUCGGGCUCAGGUAAAGAAGCUUCUUAAUAAAGUAGUGCUUCGUGAAUCUUGCUUUUACCGGAAAUUGACAGACACCUCAAAAGAUGAAGAAAACCAUGAAGAGUCUGAAUCAUUGCAUGAAGAUAUGUUAGGAAACAGGUUAUUACUUCCAACACCAACAGUAAAGCAGGAAUCAAGGGAUAUGGAAGAAAAUGUUGGCCUUAUUGUAUACAAUGGUGCAAUGGUAGAUGUAGGAAGCCUCUUGCAAAAAUUGGAAAAGAGUGAAAAAGUAAGAGCUGAAGUAGAACAGAAGCUGCAAUUACUAGAAGAAAAAACAGAUGAAGAUGAAAAAACCAUAUUAAAUUUGGAGAAUUCCAACAAAAGCCUCUCUGGUGAACUCAGAGAAGUUAAAAAGGAUCUUAGUCAGUUACAAGAAAACUUAAAGAUUUCAGAAAACCUGAACUUGCAAUUUGAAAACCAACUGAAUAAGACAAUCCGAAACUUAUCUACAGUAAUGGAUGAAAUCCACACUGUCCUCAAGAAGGAUAAUGUAAAGAAUGAAGACAAAGAUCAGAAAUCCAAGGAGAAUGGUGCAAGUGUAUGAUAAAAUUUGUGUAGUGAUGGGAAAUGGUGUUAAAUAAUGUAAUAUAUAAAAUCACGAUACAAGAGUGUUUGAAGGUGAUGCAUGUUUAAUUUUAGUAGUAUAUCUGUUAGUUCAAAUGAUGUAUAAAGUUUUAUGAAUGUGAGUCUUUGCUUUUGGAAAUUGCUUGUAAUUCCUAGCAUUCAAAUUAUUAAACACUCCUUGAGUGAAAUAAUUUUGCAUUGCAAAAUGUUUUAGGAUGAACUUUGUUAUAGUUUUAACCCCAAUAAAGUUCAUCGAUUUAAUUGA